GCUAUGGCUUGCCUGCUCCUGUAGCAGUGGAUUAUUGUCAGGGGAAUCAUCCUGCAGCCUUUUUAAAUCCAAAUAAUCAAGGAAGCCAAACUUUUCCACAGAGUUCUUCUAGCUCUAGCUCACCAGCUCCUGUAGCUGUGGAUCAUACUCAAGGGAGUCUUUCUGAAGCCUUUGUAAAUCAGAAUUAUCAUGGUAGCCAGAACUAUCCUCAGAGCCACAACAGGCAUCCAUCUUCUGAACACAGUCAGAAUCCAUAUGCUGGAGCCAGUUCAAUGUAUUAUGGAGGAUUUGUUAAUCAGGAAUGUCAUCCUCAGGGUAAGAUGACAAAACAACCAGGUUCCUCCAGCUAUGGCUUGCCUGCUCCUGUAGCAGUGGAUUAUAGUCAGGGAAAUCAUCCUGCAGCCCUUUUAAAUCCAAGUCAUCAGGGAAGCCAAACCUUGCCUCAGAGUCAGAACAGACAGCCAUCUUCUGAAAAUGAUCAGAAUCCAUAUGCUGGAGCCAGUUCAAUGCAUUACAGUGGACUUUUUUAUCAGGGAUAUCAUCCUCGGGGCCACAACAGACAUUCAUCUCCUAAACAUGGUCAGAAUCCAUAUGCUGGAGCCAGUUCAAGAUAUUAUGGAGGAUUUCGUCAUCAGGAAUGUUAUCCUCAGGGUUCCUCUAGCUAUGGCUUGCCUGCUCCUGUAGCAGUGGAUUAUUGUCAGGGGAAUCAUCCUGCAGCCUUUUUAAAUCCAAAUAAUCAGGGAAGCCAAACCUUUCCACAGAGUCAGAACAGAAAGGCAUCUUCUGAGAAUGAUCAGGAUCCAUAUGCUGGAGCCGGUUCAACACACCACAGUGGACCUUUUUAUCAAGGAUAUCAUCCUCAGGGUUCUGAUCAUUGUCUAGUUGUGGAACACCUUCGAGAUGAAUACAUGAGACGUUCCAAUGUAAAACCACUUAUGUGGGACAGCGAAAUCCAACUACCUAUUGAUGAUGUUUACACCCGGUUGCAAAUCAAAUGGAGAAAGAAGGCUUGCUUUCAGCUAACGGAGGAGGAGGUUCACAUGUAUGAGAUUUUCAAGCCUGCUAAAGAGGGUGAAAAGGGCGCCAGAAUGGUACUUGUAGAAGGAAACCCCGGGAUUGGGAAGACUACAUUUUGUCUUAAAAUUGCCAGAGAUUGGGCCAAAAAGUCAGUACCAGUCGAGUUUCAUUUCCCUGUGUUUCAGUUGUUGUUCCUUCUGAAAUGCUGUGACAUUCACAAAGAUACCAAAGACAUAGUACAAGCUAUUGAUGAGCAACUUCUGAAUGAUGACAUGAAAAAUAGGGAAGAUUUUUUGGAGUACAUUAGAGAUGGCGAAAAUCAGGAUAAGAUUCUUUUGAUCCUGGAUGGUCUUGAUGAGUUACCAGAAGCAUCGGUAAACGUCGUCGUCAAGCUCUUUAGAAGAAAAAUCUUCUCACGCUGUUUUAUUUUGGCCACCUCACGCGAAGAAAAGGGAAUCGACCUCCGGGAGCGCUAUGACUUUCAUACACUUUUGCAGAUUAAGGGGUUCACUGCGAAGGAUGCUGCAGAUUACAUCAGGAAGCAUUUUAAAAGCGUAGAUCCACAAAAUUUGUCAAAAGGCGAGAGGCUCAUUCAAGCUGUUGAAGAAAACAUUUACCUAGGUGCGUUAAGGAACAAUCCGUUGAAUCUCCUUCUCUUGUGCGUUGUUUUUGAAGACUUUGAAGGGAAACUUCCAUCUAAUCGCACAAAGCUUUAUCAGAUUAUUUUUCGAUGCUUGUUAAGGCGUUACUGCUCCCGAAGUGGCCUGGACGUUCAUCGAAAUGCCGACAAAGCGCUAGAGAAUCAAUUUAAAGAGUCCAUACUUGUGCUAGGGGAGUUAGCGUGGAAGUGUCUUCUAGAAGACCGCCGUUCGUUUUCGGAAGAAGAAUUGGACAAGUUAGAAUAUUCGAGGACCCAUGUGAGAAAUUUUCCAGUGAUCAAAUUGGGCCUUAUUUUCAUGGAAGCCAGUUCAAGGCCAAGUCAGGAGCCAAGACAUCAGUGUCAUUUUCUUCACAAAACAUUUCAAGAGUUUUUAGCUGCCUUUUACCUAAAGGACAAGAUCUUGAUGAAUCAACUAAACCUUACUUUAGGCAAGCAAGAUGUAUGUGUUAAAUUCAGAGAAGUAUUUUACUUUGUAGCUGGCAUAUUAGGCAUGGAUGGAACGGUGUUUUUCAAACAGAUAGGAACGAUUCUAAGACAAGACUGGGACUGGCAUAAUCCUUAUGAAGACUGUAAGUUCUUACUUGAUCUUUUAGAAGAGAGUGGUGCUGCCGAUGAUUUAGGGAAAGUUGCCUGCCCUCUUAUUCCAUUACCAAACGAUUUGAAACUUGGUAUGAGAGAACCGUUCCCCUUGAAGUUUAUACGAUAUGCUUAUGAAGGCGCCAUUGAUGGGGGUGAUUUAGCACCGGUGCAGCUAACCACGCUGAGCCUGAGGAACCUGCAGUCUUUCAGUAGAGACAAUGUGAGUGAUUUCCAUCGAAUUCUUGAAAGCAGUGAAACUCUUACAGAGCUGGUCAUUUCUAAUAUCGAGAACAUGUCCCAUGAUAUUGCAGAUCUGUUCGCUGAGAGUGUGUCGUCAAGCACUUCAUUAAGAAAAGUCACACUAAAACUAUUUGACGUGAUUACUGAGAGGUGCACCAAAAUUGUCACUACCUUGUUACCGACUUUUUCUCAAUUUGAAUGUGUUGCGCUUGAGUUCUUUGGUGAUCUUAACAACACUGCUGCACAAGCCGUAAAAGUGUUACUCAAAACAUCGCUAAAAUCUCUCGCGCUUAUUGUUUAUGGAAAUCUGAAUGACUGUUUAGUGUCGUCUGUUAGUGAAGGACUUGGAGAAGAAACCGAGCUGGAGUCUCUUAGUCUUGUUAUUUAUGGAAGACCGAGCAACCCUGGAAUCGUAGCACUGCAGAAAGGUGUUCUACGAAAUAGAACUUUGCACUCUUUAGAGUUACGGGUGUAUGGAGAAAUCCCAGAGACGUGGAUGACAGCUGUUGCUACCAUACUGGCAGCCAAUAAGUCAUGGAAGUCUCUUAUUAUUCAUCCAAAUGUAUGCGGGAAAAUCAAACAUGAAGAAAGAUUGCUGCACUAUCCAAUUCUAGGUGAUGCCCCCUCAGAGAAGUCGUUAACCAUGAACGUCUGUGGGGAACUCAGUGUUGACAGCUUUAAAGCCCUUGGAGGUUUUUUCAUGAAAAGUUCGCCAUUAUCUGGUCUCCACUUGACUGUCCAAGGUAAACUAAGCAAUGACGUUGUGGAUUGUCUGGUAGACUAUUUUCUGACAAACAACUCACUGUCCUCACAUAGUAUUAUUGACCUUUGCUGUGAAAUCACAAGCUACGGAGAAACUGCACUUCAAAGAUUAGUUCAAGGGGGUCCAGAGCAUUCUAUUUCAGUGCUCUUGAAUGGUGUCAGUAAGGACCGCUAUUUAAGUGGUUUUGAUACUCUUGCUAAUUUUUCUCCACCCUCAACCUCGUUUUUAGCUGACGGGAAGACUGCAACAUACGAUGAAGUCAUUGCACUAUUUAGCUGUGCGUCAUCAACCACGUUCAACCUCACUGUUAACAACCACGCUGAUAUGCCAUGGGAGUGGGCCAGAGGUGUGGCUAAGGGCUUGGCUAACAGCCGAUCUCUAUUUACAUUUAGUCUCACAGUUAACAGUCAAACCUACAAUUUAGGUAAGUGGGCUCUCUGUAUGAGAAUGGGCCUGCCGAAGUGUGCAUCAUUAACGACAUUCAGUCUCACAAUUAACAACCACACUGACAAGGUAGGAAGGUGGGCCGUUCAUAUGAGAUGGGUCCUGCCGAAUUGUGCCUCAUUAACGACAUUCAGUCUCACAGUUAACAAUCACACUGACAACGUUGGAAACUGGGCAAGCUUUGUGAGUGAGGGACUGUCGGAGUGCAAAUCAUUAACGACAUUCAGUCUCACAGUUAAUAAUCACAAUGACGAAGGAGCAAACUGGGCCGUCUAUGUGAGUCGGCGCUUGCCGGAGUGCGCAUCAUUAACGACAUUCAGUCUCACAGUUAACAAUCACACUGACCAAGGAGUAAACUGGGCCGUUCAAAUGAGUCGGGGCCUGCCGAAGUGCACGUCAUUAACGACAUUCAGUCUCGCACUUGUCAAUCUCACUGACAAGAAAGCAAACUGGGCCUUCCUUAUGAGUAACGGCCUACCGAAGUGCACAUCAUUAACGACAUUCAGUCUCACAGUUAACAAUCACACAGACGAAGGAGCAAACUGGGCCGUCCAUAUGAGUAAGGGCCUACCGAAGUGCGCUUCAUUAACGACAUUCAGCCUCACACUUAACAAUCACACUGAAAAGAGAGCAAACUGGGCCUUCCUUAUGAGUAAGGGCCUGCCGAAGUGCACAUCAUUAACGACAUUCAGUCUCACAGUUGACAAUUACACUGACGAGAUGGAAAAUUGGGCCGACAGUGUUAGUAAGGGCUUGGCAAACAGCAGAUCAUUAACUACAUUUAGUCUCAUAGUUAAUGAUCAUGCUGACAUGAUGAGAAACUGGAUGAGAGAUAUCAGUAAUGUAUUAGAAAAGAACGGUUCCUUGACAACGAUAAGAAUAGCAUUCAAUUUGUACGGUGUACACAGAAUUCGCUAAGAGCUCGUCCAGUUUCCAAUUCUCUCCUUUGUUAAAUGCGUGUAUAAAACUUCGAAGAGUUAGAGACUGUCGUUGAAGGAUAAGGUCGCAGAAGGAGUUCACUGAAAUUCCUUAAUGAGAAGCAAGAAUUAUUAAUGUGUUGAUGUUGCUGGUGAAAUUUGUUUCCUCAUACGUGAAUGAGGUUACUUUUAGUUGGUAUUGAAACCUGGUUCGCACUUAUUCGCCAUGAUAAUUUUUUACUCUUCCGCACAACCUGCACCAGUUUGGCAAAUUUUCAAACCAUGAGUAUGCAUUAAUCUAUGGCUGAAAAACUGUAUUCAUUUAAAAAAAAAAGGACGAGAACAUUUGUUGGUAAACAGUAAUAAGAAACACAGUCCCACGCGCCUUUCUUGUGCGAGGAGCACAUGUGAUUUUAGUUAACCGGAAACGAACUCAUUCAACAACCAAUGUAUUGAAAACAUCUAGGCAAGCGGAAAAAGGAAACCGAAGUUGCCGAACAUUGUAAUUUUUUUACGACAGUUGUACACUUUCUGUGAUCUUUUUUUAUUGUUGUGAAGGUUUAGUAAGUGAAGGCUUCUAAACGCAUUUCAAAUGAAAACAAGCCCAAAAAUG